UAUUCCUCAAAAAUUAAAGAAAAAGGUUGAAAAAGAAAAACGUUUUCUUUGUCUCUGUCUCAGAAUGGCAUCGCCCACAGAGAAGAACACCAACACCAACACCACGCGUCCCCAGAGCAAGGCGAAGAAGAGAGCCGCAGCUGCCAUAUGCCAGUUGCUCGGUAAUGCCAAGAAUAAGCGCGUCGUUUUGGGAGACCUCACGAAUGUCUCAAGCGCCGUUGUCGUUUCGGAAUCUCCGAAACGGAAAAAGGUUAAACUCAAGAAUGUCGAUGAAAGAAGCGACCCUCAACUCUGUGGCCCAUACAGUUCUGACAUAUACCAGUACCUUUGCGGAUUGGAGGUUGCUCCUCGUUUGAGACCGAUCCCGGAUUAUGUUCAGAAGGUUCAGAACGACGUGGAUGGAAACAUGCGCGGUGUUCUGGUGGAUUGGUUGAUUGAGGUGGCAGAAGAGUAUGGGCUGGUUUCGGAUACGUUAUACUUUUGUGUGGCUUAUAUAGAUAGGUUUUUAUCGUUGAAGGUACUGUCCAGACAGAGAUUGCAGUUGCUUGGGGUUGCUGCAAUGCUCGUUGCUUCGAAAUAUGAAGAGGUUAAGCCACCCGAGGUGGAGGACUUUUGUUACAUUACGGAUAAUACAUACUCUAAGGAAGAGGUUUUGAAUAUGGAAGCCGAUAUAUUGACGGCGUUGAAAUUUGAAUUGGGUGCUCCUACCGUGGGGACAUUCUUGAGGAGAUUCUGUGGAGUUGGUCAAGAGGGUGUUGAUACUUCUGCUCUCCAGUUUGAGUUCCUUAGCUGCUACCUUGCAGAACUCAGUUUGUUGGAUUAUUACUGUGUAAAGUUUUUACCAUCUUUGGUGGCAGCAUCUGUUGUAUUCUUAGCAAGAUUUAUGCUAAGCACAAAGACACAUCCCUGGAAUUCGGCCCUCCACCAACUCACUACAUAUAAACCCGCUGACUUGAAGGAAUGUAUUCUAAAGUUACAUGACUUGUACCUCAGAAGGAGGGGGCCUUCUUUGCAAGGUGUGAGAGAGAAAUACAAACAGCAUAAGAAAUAUGCUGAUUCGAGUUGCAUUGGAUGUUUUGGUACAGUUCAAAUGUGUGGCAACAGCACCAUCUCCUCCCGAUAUACCCCUGUCUUUUUUUGAGUUUUCAAGGGUAGAUUCGUAGACAAUUGUGAUUUGGCAGAAGCGUAUUUCCUAACACUAACACUAACGACAAGAGUUUCACAAUUUCAGUUGCACUUGCUUAUGUUUAGGGAGGUGCUUUUUGUUAUCAACCUUGUAUAAAAAGGUGAUAAACCCCAUAUGUUGGGAAUUAGUGUUUUCGGCUAUUAGAAGUUCUUUGUAAGAUUCCUUGAAGGAUUUGCUAUUUCUAUGUAUAGGGAAGUUCUAUGCGUGCU